AUGCCUCCACGGAUACCGAUACGGCUUACGGCGCAAUGCUGUAGGGCUUCAAUUGAGAAAUCCAACCCUUCAUCCCUUGUAGGAUUAUUUAACGCACUCUCGAUCCAGACCCGAAACGCCUCUAUUCUCUCAAACCUAUCCGAUAAUCCAGGUGCUCACCAAAAACGUAUUCGCGUUGGUCGCGGUCCGUCCUCAGGAAAGGGAAAAACAUCCGGAAGAGGUCAUAAAGGUCAAAAGCAGCAUGGAAAAGUCAAGCCGUGGUUUCAAGGUGGUCAGACACCUCUGGUUGUUCAGAGGGGAAAACUUGGAUUCGAAAAUCUUCGCGCCCCUGUAAUGUCAGAGGUCAAUCUCAACAAACUUCAAGAAUGGAUUGAUUCCGGUCGCAUCGAUGCCACAAAACAGAUCACCCCGAAAGAAUUAAUACAGUCCAACCUUGUCGGAACGAUUAAAGAUGGUGUCAAGCUACUGGCAAGAGGAGCCGAAUCGUUGAAGCAACCGAUUGAUAUUGUUGUAUCUCGAGCGUCAGCUGCAGCGAUUGAUGCCGUGGAGAAAGCUGGAGGAAAGAUCAUGACACGAUAUUACACUAAGCAAGCCAUAACACGACUGGUGCAGGGCAAGAGCUUCCACACAGAAAAGCCAUUGCCAACUGGACCAGAGCAUGUACAGCCUGUUCUGGAAGAGGCUCGAAAGAAGGCAUUCUUCUACAGAUUACCAGACCCAACGGCGCGAUGGGAUAUCGAAUAUUAUCGCGAUCCUGCACACCGAGGAUACUUAAGUCACACAUUGCAACCAGGCGAAUCACCAAGUUUAUUCUUCAGGGCGCAAACAAUGUCACUCUUUGGCACUUCUCCCCCGAAUGAAUCCUCAUCCUCGACAAACCCAAGUAUGGCGCGAUCUCGAAAUUCACUGUUCGACGACGACGGACCUAUGACUCGGUCGACCUCGGACACCCUCUUUAAUGACGAUGAUUUCGGAGGCAGCGGUGCCACCUCACCUUGGGACAUGCCAACCCCGAGAAAACAACAAUCGCGUGCCGACCUUAUCCGGAGGUUACUCGACGGUGUCGAAGUACCUGAUCGCUAUAUAGAAACAUUCGAUAGUGUCGUGCAAGAAGAUGGGAUUAAUGGUAAGGUUACGUCCUCAGGCGUCACUAAAACACUAGCCGCCGCCAAAUUAGGCGCCGAUGACCAGGCGCAAAUAAUGGGAAUACUUGCACCAGCUGGAAAUCUUGAUGUGAUCGGACGAAAUGAGUUCAAUGUGUUAUUGGCUCUUAUCGGGCUUGCGCAAGAGGGUGAAUCCGUUAGUUUGGAUGGAGUCGACGAGCGAAGACGCAACUUGCCGCAGCCCCAAUUAUUAUUGUCCUCCAUCAAGACGCCUGUCCUCCUUAACACAGCAGAACUUGCUGCAAAACCACCUCAGCGACCUGAUUCUCCGCCCGCGCCAAUUAAUUCCCAGGUCCGAUCUAGAAAAUCAACCAUGGAAGGUCCUGAGGACGACCCAUGGAAUUCGUCCGACCUGCACCGAAAUCAUCACCAUGCCGAGACUAAAACUAACGGGACCGGCCAUGCCAACCUGAGCGUAAAUGGCAAUGGCAAUGGUUACGAGCAUCCCGAUGUCCCCGACAUGCACUCUCGAACUACCUCUAAUUUUACGACUACUUCCACAGCUUCCGCUGGUGGCCCCGGGCCCCAAUCUGGAGGCACUGUAUCCUCAAACACUGGCGGUUGGGGAUAUUUCGACGGAAAUAACGCCGGCGACUUUGACGACGCGCCUUCGAAUCAUCCGACGAGUCCUUUUGGUGGCGCGGGAAGCGGAGAAGGACGCGACCCGAAUACUAACCCUCCCAUCACCCAUACUCGGACUAUUAGCGGUAGUCGAACUGGCGGCGCGGUUGAGGAAAAUAUCCUGGUGACACUAAUGCCGGAGAAAGAGGGUGUUUUCAUGUUUCAACAUCACAACUAUGAGGUUACGAGCUCGCGCCGGGGUAGCAAAGUCAUUCGCAGAUAUAGCGAUUUUGUAUGGUUACUCGAUUGCCUACAUAAGAGAUAUCCCUUCCGAGCACUACCUCUGCUUCCACCCAAGCGAGUUGCCGUCAAUGGCAACCAUCUCUCCAACGAUGGCGCAUUCAUCGAGAAGCGACGACGCGGUCUAGCUAGGUUCCUAAACACUCUAGUCCGACAUCCCGUAUUGGGUCAGGAACAGCUUGUAAUAAUGUUCUUGACUGUUCCAACGGAGCUUGCGGUAUGGCGUAAACAAGCCGCAAUCUCGGUGAUAGACGAGUUUACGGGUCGACCUCUACCACCUGGCCUCGAAGAAUCUCUGCCGCCCUCGCUGGAAGAACUUUUCGAACGUACUAGACAGGGCGUUAAACGAUCCGCCGAGCUAUAUAUCUCUACCUGUAACAUCAUGGACCGCCUUGUUAAGCGAAGUGAAGGAGUAGCAGCGGACCAUGGUCGUCUAGCUAUGUCGCUUACAUCCCUGACCGAGACAAGCUCGGAGACCUACGCCACCGACACGAACGAUGUGCCCCUCCUCAAUGAUGGUUUGAUCGCGAUGAGCAAGCACCUACAAACAACACAGGGUUUGAUGGAGGACGAAAGCAAGGCAUGGGAUGCGGGUGUGCUGGAGGACCUGAAGAGACAGCGCGAUGCCCUUGUUAGCCUCAGAGAACUAUUUGACCGACGUGAGAGGUUAGACAAGGACAACAUCCCCUCCCUAGAACGAAGAAUCCAGAACAACGAGACCAAGCUUGCCAACUUGCGAUCCAAGCCAGACGGAUUAGUCAGACCAGGCGAAAUCGAAAAGGUCGUCGAAGCCAUUAUCAAGGAUAAGGAAUCUAUAGUUAACCAACACAACCGUUCUAUAUUCGUCAAGGAAUGCUUGCGCGACGAACUCAUCUACUUCCAACAAACUCAAUUCCACGUUAGCCGAUGGAACCAGGACUGGGCGCAAGAGCGAGUCAAAUAUUCCGAGAUGUUGGCCGACAAUUGGCGCAGACUCCUAGACGAGCUCGACGGCAUGCCGCUUGGCGAUUAG